AGCGUGUCUGCGUCCUCCGCUCUGCUCCCUUACGUUUCUCUCUCUAAAAAAAGAAAGAACUUCUACUGUUCGCAACUCUGAAGAACAAAAGAAUCAAAGAGGAGGAGGAAGAAGAAGAGGAAAAAGAAGAGAUAUAAGUAAUUCCUGCAAGAUACAUGGAUGAAUAUUCUGGAAAAAGAGCUGUUGAGGGGCUUGUUGUCCCUAGAAAGGGAGCUGGUCUCAUCUUGAAAGAAACGGUCAAUAACAAAGAGCGAAAUGCUCAAAUUUGCAGCCGAAUUGGAUGCAGCAGUAGGCUGAACUCUGUGAAAGGUACCCAAAUUGGCUCAGAAAAAGCCAAAUCCACAAGGCCUUCUUACCGCUCUCUGUCAAGUGGCAAAGAAAUAAUUGGAAGUUCCUCUAGGACUUGUGCUGCAGUGAACAGUGCUAGAAAAUCUUCAAUAAAUCCACCAAAAAAACUAUCUUCUCAUCUGGAGACAGAUUCCUUAGAAAGUAGUAGUGUUCAGGAUGAGCCGGAAGUUUCAGAGCUCAUACACUCACCUGGAAAGAUUCAUAGAAGGCUUCAUGCUGAAUCUGAAGAUGCCAAUUCUAGUGAAGCUGCAGUGGUUGAGGCAGGGAGCUCUAGCAUAGCAUCAAACUCUAGAUCUAGGAGAAAUUUUCAUCAAAGAUCUGGAUUGGGCAACCAAGAUAGUUUAGCCAGUUCAUCCGCUUCUUUGGCAUCUAGAAGUACCAGUCAGCCCAUGCGUGGUAAUGGAAGCAGGUAUGGUUUGAAAAAUCUAAGAUGUAACUCAAUUUCUGAUGUUGUCCCAUCUGGUUGUUCAUCAUCUGAUUCAAACAACAGUAAAAGGAAGGACGUAAUCAACAAGAGAAACUCUGAUGGAGAGAGUAGUUCAUCCUCUAGAGGGAAGAAGAUAAGUGGCUCAUUGUUGGAACGACGAAAUAACAGUUCUACCCAUAACAUUUCUGCUUCUGACUCUAGGCGAGCAAGAAAUUGGCCUCUUAUCAGGGAUAGUGCUGUUGCUUCGGUUAGGACUAGGAGACCAAGCAGUAGUUAUGGCAGGAUGAGACUUCCCAAUCAAGGAAAUGGAAACACAAAUAGUUUAUCAUCACAUGAAUCAACUGCAAUCAUCCCACAAGCGCCUCAAUCUGAAAUAUCACUUGACUUGAAUGCUCCUAUUUCUGCAGAAACUGCAUUGAGUCAUGUUAGUUCUUUCAAUUGCCCUGGUGGCAGCAGUGAGAAUUUACACAAUGUUAUGCCAUCUAGUCCUUCAAGAGUUGGCAUUACCCGCUCUGUAAUGAAUCGGGAUGGCUUCCGGCGUUACAACAUGGAUGGGAUUGCAGAGGUACUGCUAGCACUUGAGAGAAUUGAACAAGAUGAAGAGCUGACCUAUGAGCAAUUAGUUGUUCUAGAGACCAGUUUGCUCCUUAAUGGCCUAAACUUCUAUGAUCAGCACCGAGACAUGAGAUUGGAUAUAGAUAACAUGUCGUAUGAGGAAUUGUUAGCUCUAGAAGAGAGGAUGGGUUCUGUGAGCACUGCUCUACCAGAAGAAGCAUUGUCAAAAUGCCUUACAACAAGCAUCUACGAGUCAGCACCUGAAGAGGAUGCAACUAUUGACUGUGGAGGAGAUAAGGAUGACACAAAAUGCAGUAUUUGUCAGGAAGAGUAUGUUGCAGGAGAUGAAGUGGGAAGCCUGCAAUGUGAGCAUAGGUAUCAUGUGACAUGCAUACGCCAGUGGCUGCGGUUGAAGAAUUGGUGCCCCAUCUGCAAAGCAUCAGCAGAACCUUCACCUUCAUCAUCAUCAUCCUGGGAAUUCAAUUGAAUUAUUGAAUAGGAUGCCAGAAACUGAUUUUUAUUUUGUACAAAAGUUAAUGGCCCCUGUUCAUCUUCUUCAUUUCAUCUGUUCUUGUGUACAUAUCAAUUCUCUUUCAUGUCAAUAACGAAUAAUCAGGGCACCAUUGGCUCUGCACUGGAAACUUAUUGACACACAAAAAUGUGAAUCAAAAACAUACAAAUUGCUGCUCUUUUAGCAUCACCGUGUACUUCUAGAACGUUUUGGGCGAGUAUCAAAAUUCAAUAUAUUGUCGAUGCCUGC